ACCCAUUCUUCUCCAAACGCCCCAUACCCUUUUCUUCAUUUCCUUCAUCAAUUCAUCAAAAAUGGAAGACGACAAUUACAUUGACCAUCUCCAUUACCAAGACAAAUCUGAAGAAGAAGAUGCAGAAGAGGCGCUCUCUCUAUGCGACCUUCCACUAGACAAUACCCAUGACCAAGUCCACGAAUUCCACGACAUGUCGCCUAAGCACCUACAAGCUCGUCGUUCCUCCUCCGAUCAGUUAUUCGAGUUCUUCAGCGACAUCAGCUCCGACAGCUUCAUGUGUUCCGCCGAAGACAUCAUCGUCUGCGGGAAACUCAUACCCUUCAAACAACACAUGACCGAAGUCCCCAAGGCUCCUCCAAACCCUAACGAUUCUCACAAGAAUAAGCAACCAACUUUUCGAAGGCGGUCUGAGUCGCUUUCCGAGUUACAAAGCUCGGUGACAAGAUCGAGCAGCUCAAAAAACCAGUUCAUGAUGAGGAACAGCCGAUCAUUGGACUAUCGAAAGCUUCACCGGCAAUCUUCAAUGGUGUCGCCGACGCCUGGGGAGAUGGAGAGGAAUUCCUCGGUGAGGAGUGUUGGAAAAUCCGAUAAGGUCAAGAGUGGUAAUAAUAAGCCGAGGUGGUUUUUUCUUAUGUUUGGGAUUGUGAAGUUUCCGGCGGAGAUGGACCUCAGUGACAUCAAGAACCGGCAGAUUCGGCGAAACUCGUCCACCACGAUGUUUCCCCGAGAAGCCGUUGCCAGGAAGUUUCCGGAUAAUCGGAGCUCCGGCAAGGGCUCUUGGAGACUGCUCAAGGCAUUGAGCUGCAAGGACCAUGCAAGUGUUGCCGUAACGACGCCGUUUUGUACACAAGUGUGAGAGGCUACUUUUCGUCACGUGCCAUGCAUGUGCUGUGCUAUCAUAACUUUGUUCCCUUAACUCGUGAAUAGGAUUAUGCGAUUGAGGUAUUAUUCUUUUUAUCUGUGACAUGUUAUAUUAUGAAAUUGUCAAUUCGAAUUAUAUCUUUAAACAAAAUCUUAUCUUAUUAAUUAUUAGAGAUUGACAAUUUAAUAAUAUAAUAUGUUGGAUCGGUUGUAUGAUAAUAGAAUCAACAUGGGGUUUGGCUUGAUCAAGGUUUGAAUAUGAUAAUGAUUUUGAUUUGCAUGAGAGGGGCAAAAUGGUCACUGGAAGUUCUGGGUUUGCUUGGACGUGGGGAUAAAUUACUAUAAUAAUGGUUUAUGACGUUCCGUAGAAGCAAGGACUAAGUACAGGAGCAAAGCCAUGGUUGAAGAUGGUGCCCUCUCUCACUCUAGCAGUAAUUGAGGAUGAAGCGGGUUUUGUAUGUUAGGUGGCCGGUGCUGCGUCCACAGAAAUUAAAUGAAUGAAAAUCACGAGAGCCCCGAUUACGACAUUAAAAAUUCUCAUGUUUUUUUGUAAUUUUGUUUUAUUUAUUUGAUUCAUUUGAUGUGAAUAUUUAUGUGAGGCUCAUAAAUAUC